GGGAGUAGAAGGGGGGGAGGGUCGUGAUGGGAGGGACAGGUUGAGGAAGAGCCUGGGCAGAACUUCCCCGCGUAGCAACCACUGGGCCUCUCUGCUGAUGUUAACAACGCCUCUGUGGCAUCUCACUCCAUAGGGCAGCAGCAUCCCUAUACAGAGAUCUUGCGACGAGUCCAGUAGUGUUCUGUGUGCAGCGAUGGGUGAGCGCGGCGCGGGGGUGCGGGUGGCGGUGGUGGGCGCGGGUGUCGUGGGACUGACCACCGCCACGAUGCUGCAGGAGGCGCUACCGGGGGCCUCCAUCACCGUCCUGGCCGACAAGUUUGGCCAAGAGACGACCAGCGACGGGGCGGCGGGCAUCUUCUGGCCUGGACAUCAUAUCAGAGGGGAGGAGGAAGGGGAUCAAAGGCGGUGGUCGUCCCUCUCCUACGCCUACUACAAGAGGAUCCUCGAGUCGGGGGACGCAGUCGAGGCCGGGGUGAAGCGUUUCUCGGGUUACCUCUUCUCCAACAAGGAAUCCGUUUGGGAACCCUUUCUUAAGCUGAUCAUUGACGAAUACCGGGAAUGCACGCCGGACGAGCUGAGACUGCACGGCUACAAGUACGGCGUCUUCCUGACCACACUACUGACGGAGUGCCGCUCUUACCUGCCCUACCUCACGCGCAGGAUCACGGCGCGCGGCGGGAGGAUGGAGCGGCGUCACUUGAAGAGUCUGGAGGAGCUUGUGGGCCACUACGACAUCGUGUGUAACUGUUCCGGUUUCGGGGCCAAAGAGCUGUGCCGGGACAUGAAUGUGACCGCCAUCAGGGGACAGGUGUUCAAGGUUAAGGCGCCGUGGCUCAAGAACUUCUACUUCGUGGACGGCGGCACGUACAUCAUCCCAGGCAUAGAGUUCGUCACGCUGGGCGGCACCAAGAACUUCGACAGCAACAACGCCGAGGUGAACAAGUACGACUCGCAAGCCAUCUGGGAGCGGUGCGUGGCGGUCGUGCCCUCGCUGAAGGACGCCGAGGUGCUGCAGGAGUGGGUCGGUUUGCGCCCCUACCGCCACAUCCACAGGGUGCAGAAGGAGACCAUCACCUUCCCCAGUGGUAAAACCCUCAAGGUGGUGCACAACUACGGCCACGGCAGCACCGGCGUCACCACCUCCCCGGCCACCUCCAUGGACGCCGUCAAGUUGGUGCUGGAGACGCUCAGAGGACCCCAGGCCAAGCUAUAACUCCAUCCUGUUACGAGUAUUAGCGUUUCUCCAAUAAACUGAGCAACCCAACAAUUG